AUGUCCAUGAGAACACCUUAUGAACGUUUACGUACAUUUUGCUCACAGUUAGCAAAAUAUAUUCCAGAAAUUCAAUUACAGCCACCACAUACAAUUAAAAAUUACGGAAAUUGUCCAUAUUUUUAUAAAUUUCAUCUUGGCACAAAGGACUUAGUUGAAAAGUUCAAUGGUGAUAUAUUACCAUCGUCUAAUAAUACUUAUAGACUGUCAAAUGUACCAAGAGAAUCGAUUGGCACACAUUCAGAUGAGAUGAAAUUACAAGAUUUUCAGUGGUUAAUGAAUAAAAAGUUAACAUGUGUUUUAUUAUGGCUAGGUGUAAUCAUUUUAAUUGUUGGAGUAAUUGCAUUACAGAUUGCUAGUUUUUUCUUACAUAAACGACAAGAUAUAUUAUCGAUCGGGGUUGGGUGUUUAAGCUCUGGUCUUUGGCUCCUCUCUGUCACAUUAUUCACUUUUCUUCAUGCUCAUGUUUUUAUUUAUGAAAUACCUGAUGAUAAUAUCUAUGAACACCAAGAUGUGGUAACUAGGAGAAAAGAGGAUCAAACAUUUAACACUGAAGAUGAAUUUGAAUAUAGAAUAACAGAAAAAGUGAUAAUGGAUCAUUCAUCUUGA